AUGCACGUAUUAUAAUAUUUUUUCUAAAAUAAAUGUAUCAUACGUUACAGAUAUGAAUACAACUAAAAAAAUUAAAAAAUAAUAGAUUUUGGAGUCAGGUAACCCUCUCGCCUCCACCCAAAGGUUAUGGAUCAGAGAUAUGAGAUUCCCUUGCUUCCUUCAUCUGCUGCCAACCGUGCAGAAUGGAGCCUUUCGCUUGUAUAGCCCUGCACCCCCAUUGUCGGGUAUAUAAAGCUUAUAGAUCAGAGAGAACAUAAAGAGCUGAGGAGGAAAAAGGAGAGGAAGAAGAUGGAAGGUGCUCAGUGGGACACUUUGCUCCCAUUCUUUGUUGCAGGAUUUGUGAGCUUCGCUGUGUUCUACCUCUCUAACAUCCUCUGGCUAAGGCCAGAAAAGAUCAGAAACAAACUGAGGAGCCAAGGGAUAAAGGGUCCUUCCCCUUCCCUCCUCUACGGGAACAUAUUAGAUAUGAGGAGGAUCGUCAAGGAGGAGAAGGAGACCCAAAAGGGUGGCAGUCGGCAUGUAUCAGCCAGUUAUACCUCUGCUCUGUUUCCUUACUUCAUUACGUGGAGGAAGGAAUAUGGUCCAAUAUUUAUGUACUCAACGGGAAGCAUACAACUAUUGCAUGUAAGUCACCCUGAUAUCGUGAAGGAGAUAAGCCUCUGCAAGUCUUUAGAUUUAGGGAGGCCUUCAUACAUACAGAAAGAACGCGGAGCUCUUUUUGGUCGGGGCAUUAUAGCAUCAAAUGGUGCUGUUUGGGCUCACCAGAGGAAAAUUAUAGCACCAGAGUUCUUCAUGGACAAGGUUAAGCACAUGGUGGACUUAAUUGUGGAGGCCACAAUUCCAUUUUUGGAGUCAUGGGAGAGCCUGCUUGAGAGUGAGGGAGGCACUAGAGAAAUUGUAGUGGAUGAAGAUUUAAGAAGCUUUUCAGCAGAUGUAAUCUCCAGAGCUUCUUUCGGAAGUAGCUAUGCUAAAGGUGAAGAAAUAUUUUUUAGACUUAGGCAACUUCAGAAGGCAAUGUCCAAGUCAAGCAUACUUAUCGGGAUUCCUGGCUUAAGAGGAAAGUAUAAUGAGAGAAAGGAAGUGGAAGGACCCUCUCUCUUUCUCUCUUCUUCUUUCUUCCCGACGGAAAGGGGAGAAGGGGGCUCGGCCGUAGGUGGCCCACGGCCGGCGACGUUCCCUGGUCGUCGGCCUGUGUGGUGGUGCCGGCGGUGCCACGCCCGGCGAUGGCCGGCCGGAACGAGAGAGGAGAAGGCCGAACAAGGCAUCGGCUUCUCCAUCAACCCGGCGGCUUCCCGGCUACAUUCCCAAGGAAACAGGGGCCAAAAGCGAUGGAGGAGGAGGAGGAGAUGCUUACCUUGCCUCCGGCGAGGUCCUCCCGACCGGAUCGACGGCGAAAGCUCCGAUCCUUCCCGCGGCAAGUUGACUAUGGUGAUCAGAGAGACUCUUCGCCUCUAUCCUCCAGCAGCGCUUCUGGUACGAGAGGCUUUUCAAGACAUGAAGCUUGGAGGCAUCUAUAUUCCAAAAGGCAUCACUCUAUCAGUCCUGAUAUCAGUCCUGCACCAUGACCCAGAGUUCUGGGAACCCGAUGCUGAUGAGUUCAACCCCGAGAGGUUUGCGCAUGGCAUCAGCAGUGCUUGCAAAUCUGCUCAUGCAUACAUACCAUUUGGUAUCGGGAUUCGCACGUGUGCAGGUCAGAACUUUGCUAUGCUAGAACUGAAGAUUGUCCUCUCUCUUCUUCUGUCAAAGUUUAGCUUCUCUCCAUCGCCAAAAUAUAUCCAUUCUCCAGCAUUUAGAUUGACUGUAGAGCCUGAGUUUGGUGUACCACUUAUUGUAAAGAAGUUGUAACUGUCAUAAUGGUAUGGUGUUCGAAGGUCAUGACUCUUUAGCGAGCCUGUUUCGCUGAUGAUUUCGGGUAUAUAUUUCAUGAACAUUUUGGUCUUGAUUUGAUAAUCAACUGAGUUGAUAGAAAUAGUCAACUAUUUAGCUUACAGAAAAGAAAAGGUAAAUUGCUGAUUUAUAUA